GAACGGCGUCGUUCAUAGAAGUUCUGUUGGGCAUUUCAGUGUUAAAAAUUAGGGUUUUGCUCCUUCCUCUCUCUCUCAGAAUAGUCAGCAGAAUCCAGUCGUAGCUUUUGGUUUUCUGCCUCUGCGAAGUUGAAGCGAUAGAUUGAGAAGAUGGGUCACUCCAAUGUCUGGAACUCUCACCCCAAGAACUACGGCCCUGGAUCUCGCGCCUGCCGUGUUUGCGGAAACCCACAUGGGUUGAUCAGGAAGUACGGCCUCAUGUGCUGCAGGCAGUGCUUCCGCAGCAACGCCAAGGAAAUUGGUUUCAUCAAGUACCGUUAAAGAUUGGAAAGGCCUUUAAUGCCAAGCUGCCCUGCAUGGACUGGAGCAAAAUUGGAGAACACUAUACCCUGUCU